AUGUCUGUAUCCCAAGACCUUUUUCCGCUUCAGGAAAUAAACUCCAAGUACGCUGCCGGUGAUUCCGUUAUGUCUUUCGGUAACCACCCCAAGCUAGCGCAUUGCCCCGGUGGGGGGUUGGCCCUCCAUCAGGAUGGUGGGGCUGUUGGGUGUGGUGGCAAGAUCUGGAUUGCCGGUGAGUGUCUCUCUAGCUAUUUGUUGAAUAAUUACGAUAAGUUGUUUGAUGGGAAGACCGGGGAAUACUCCACCGGUGAAGAGUUUAACACCGCGCAUAUCGUCGAACUAGGCAGCGGUACAGGUUUGGUUGGCUUGGUUCUUGGGUUGGUAAAUGCAAAAUACAAUCCUGGCAUGAAAGUGUUUAUCACCGAUAUCGAUGACCUUGUCCCCCUUAUGCUGCAGAAUGUCAUGUUGAACCAUUUGGAAAACGAGGUUAUCCCAGCAGCCCUCUUAUGGGGUGAGCCUUUAGGUGGGCUUGUUGAGGAUAACCAGCUUGUGGAUGCGAAUACCCUCGAUGCGUUAACGCAGCUAGCAAGACAGCCCCCCAUGUAUAUCAAACACUUGAAAUUGGUCCUUGCUGCUGAUGUUGUCUAUUUAGAGCAAGCGUUUCCGCUAUUGGAAUCCACGUUGUUGCAGUUGACCGAUAUGAAUGAGGACUUGGAGAUCUUAAUGUGCUACCGUAAAAGACGGAAGCAGGACAAGAAAUUUUUUGCCAGGAUAGCAAAAAACUUCAACCGAAUCGACUUGAUGAACUUUAACGAGGAAGAGGAGGCGUACUAUCGGAAGUGUCGCGUUCAUUUAUUCAAGUUGGUGAGAAAGCCAAAGAAAUAG